AUAUCAAAUCCUUACUUUCUUCUCCCUUUUCUUUUGCGAACCUUGUCUUUUUUCUAAGAAAUACUACCAGAUAUCCAUGGCCAUUCGUUUGCCAGGUAUUAUGCAUGCUAAGCAAAUUCUCCGACGAUCAAACUCAUUUAGAAAGAAAGAUUCUUCACCAUCUAUAGAUGUUCCAAAAGGCUACAUUGCUAUAUAUGUUGGAGAGAGUGAAAGGAGGCGCUUCGUAAUUCCUAUAACAUUUUUGAACCAGCCUUCAUUUCAAGAAUUGCUAGGUAAAGCUGAGGAAGAAUUUGGAUUUGAUCAUCCAAUGGGUGGUCUCACAAUCUCCUGCAACGAAGAGAUCUUCUUUGAUCUCACUUCUCACUUAUAUGAAUUGUGAUAUGGAGCCACUAAGAUAAAACAGAAGAAACAAUUUUGUAAAUCCAUGUAAAUUCUUUAUUUCUUUUAGGCAGAAGAAGAGUUGAGGAAUGUCCUUUUACUAAAAAAAUUACUAAUAG